UCCCUUCCACGUGUGAUGAGGGUAUGUGUCAGAGCUGUUACCAAGUUUGUCUUUCCAACCUGUCUGAUUUCUUCCUGCAGUGUCCUCAAGCAGUGUAAAGAUGUGGAGCUCUCCUUCAGUGACGUGACAGGCAAGCCUGAAAUCUUCAAAGGCACCAAGAAAGGAAUGCUGUAUCUCACCCCUUACAGGAUGAUCUUUGUGUCCAAGGGCAAGGAUCCUAUGCUGUCUUUCAUGAUGCCAUUUUAUUUGGUGAAAGGAUGUUCAAUCGAGCAGCCUGUUUUCUCUGCCAAUUACAUCAAAGGACAGAUCCAGGCUGAGGCUGGAGGUAGGUGCCAGUGCUUU